AUGCACUUGGAUGGAGCAGCUGUAAUCCUGUCUCUCGUCAAGUUGGGAGCCCCAACGCGACAUUUUGCAAUGUUCCUUCCACCAACACGAGAUGUCAUCCAUCACGCUACAAUCAAGUUGGGAGCUCUUCUGGUGCGAACUAUUGCCAAGCCGUUUGCAAAUGCAAUCAAAAACCAGGCAAAGCAACAUGAACGGUUCAAGGAAAUGUGUAUUGGUUUGGCUCAAUGGACCCACAAGGUUGAAAUGACGCUGAAAAUGAACUUUUUCGGCUACAAGGUUGAAACUAUACGGCCUCUCAAUGAUGCAAAGGCCGUCGAGCUGGGAGCCAAUUUCAUUUCCGAGAGCAUCAUAUUCAGAUUCGAAACAUGGCGCCAACGGAAAAACACAAAGGCCAGAUACGCGGACGUGGAUGGCGAGCUAGAGAAACUAGAAACCGAGAGUACCAAAACUGGACAGAAUCUAGAAGAGGUCAGAGUGAAUGUCGACGCGCUCAGGAAACAGAUUGAGGAUUUGAGAACAGAGAAUCAGAGGCUUUAUGUGUCGCUGGAUAAAGUCGCACAAGCCGUUCAUGUACGGUUGGAAAGAGAAAGGGAGUGGAGUGAGAAAACAUGGACUCAGAAGAUUUGGUACCCGUUCUCUACCUCAUCGUCAGCAUCAACCAAGCAGGAAACAACAACAUCACCUCAAGCACAAUAG